AUUGAUACUAUCAACAGAUGUUUGUAUAGUGAUUUAAGCGGAGAAGGAAGGACGUUCCUGAAUGUUACUUAAUUGGAUGCAUUUACAAUUUGAAAGUCGUUUCAGCAUGAAAACAAAUAACAAGUGUUGUCAUUUCAAGUCGAUAUCGAACAUUCAAGAAGAUGUAAUCCGAUUAAUAAAACAUUUUAGUGUUUUAUCAUAAAUUUAUGGAAAUUAUUUUUACAUUCUGAAAGAUGGAGUGGAAUAGCUUUCUCAUAUUACAACUUCUCAUGCUCAACAGUGGAACAUUUAUCUUUGGUUCUAGACUAUCUGAUGUUGACAGACUUUAUUCAAAACUAUUCAUGGACUACAAUAAAAAAAUAAGACCAGGAGAUGACCAGUCAUUGGCUACACGUGUUAAUGUAUCUUUUAAUUUGGGUGCCAUUCAGGAAUUCGACGAAGUAAACGGAAAAUUCGCAGUCAUUGGAUUUUUUAGAAUUACGUGGCAUGAUUCAAGAAUGACUUGGAACACUUUAGACUAUAACAAUACACAUACCUUAACGUUUUUACAGGAUGAUGUAUGGAAACCAACACUAGUUAUUACAAAUCCGUUUUGUAAAAUCGAUCAGAUUGGAAAAGACUUUAUGACAGUAAGAUAUUUCAGCAACGGACUUGCAUACUGGACACCAGGAGAAAUUUUAAUUAGUUCAUGUAGUGUGGAUAUUACUUACUUUCCGUUUGACGAACAGAUUUGUACAAUACGUUUGAUGGCAUGGGGAACUUUAUCAAAUGAAAUUUUAUUGCAGUCAUUUAAUGGCAUCGAACUGAAUUAUUUUUCGGAACACGGAACCUGGCGGAUAACGUCAACGGCUUUCAAUGACAGAGUAGACGAAGUUACUGGUUUGUCAUUAAUUGAUAUGUCAGUGUCAAUGAAGAGACGUCCAGGGUUUUAUGUCAUCAACGUUGUCCUUCCUGUUAUAUUUUUAAUGGCUUUGAAUUCAUGCGUAUUUCUGUUACCACCAGACUCCGGAGAAAGAGUUUCAUACGCUAUCACGGUAUUAUUGGCGAUAUCUGUGUUUUUGACUCUGAUCGGAAAUCACCUACCGAAAACAUCUGAACCGAUGUCUUUGCUUGGCUAUUUCCUUAUAUUUGACCUCGUCUUCAGUUCUUUGACAUGCUUAAGUACAAUGAUUUGUCUUCGACUUCAGUUUAGAAAUAAGAAUCACCCAAUACCAAGUUAUCUAAAGUGGAUAGUACUGUGCUGUAGACGGAAUAACUUGAAAAAGAGAGAAAAUUGGGUUGAAGUGCAGAAUAACAAAUCAAAUGUUCAUAAUUCAGAUUUGAACGCGUGUGAAGGUUUGAUUGAUAAUAAUAAGCAAGAUAUUUCGUGGCGUGAUAUAUGUAAAGCACUUGAUACAAUUCUUCUAAGGACUUCGUUUGUUGUACUCUCAGUCAGUGUAUUGUUAUUCUUCAUGAUUAUAACGAAAACUAUUUAAAUUUACACAGAAUAAUUGUUUGAAUUAACAAAUGAACAUUUUAUAUGCCAAACAAUGGCGGCAAUGGAGACUUAUGUAAUCCCAUUAAUUAAUCAAACACAAAUAGCAAUAUGCAAACAUAUGAAAAAUCAAGAGAAUAAAAAAGAAAAAGGAUUUCUUUUGA